UACUCUCGUGCCUUCAUCACUCGGCGUUCCGCCCGAUUUGGCAGAUUUAAUUUCGCAGCGUUUUGGCAAGUGCGGCCGUAACCCCUUUCACAUCUGUACAACCUUCACUGACGGGACAAUGCUGGCCGUAAUGCGCAGACAGCUCAAGAGCCACCCGGCUCUGAUCCCCCUUUUCUUCUUCAUCGGUGGAGGGGCAGCCAUGUCCAUGAUGUACCUGGCUCGUCUGGCCAUCAGAAACCCGGAUGUGAGCUGGGAUCGCAAGAACAACCCAGAGCCCUGGAACAAGAUGGCCCCAACCGAUCAGUACAAGUUCUAUGCAAUCAACCUGGACUACAGCAAGCUGAAGAAGGAAGGCCCUGAUUUCUAAAGAUCCCAUCUGCUGGAGCAAAAGCACAAAGAUCAGUUGAUCCGCACAGCCCCGCAAGGAGCUUCUAUUGGGAGCCCAAGGGAUGCAGAGGCUAAAUCCGCACAGUGAAUCAUUUAAGUUUCCUCAUUGCAUCCAAUUGGAAUUUGUAAAACCAUGUGUUACUUCUCAUUUUCAAUAAAUUGAAGGAGUCUUGUCUCCUCCAUACAGAGAAAAGAACCAGUUUCAUUCCACUAGAUUCCAUUUUUGGGACCCUUUGCUUUUAAAGGCCUUGAGCUUCGGUCAUGUAUUAGUUUGUAUUUUCACUUUAAGGCGUCACCCCCUAGAACGCCCUCCACACUCACAAUCAUACCAUGCUUGGCUGUUACUAUAUGGGCUGUGCUUCCCCCCCCCCCCCCCCCCCUCAUUUCACCUUGUCCUCUUAUGACCACUGCGGUGGAGUUAAGUGCCAGACUGUUCUUGGCUGCCUUCCUGAGCCUUGUUGGUAUGGCAUUGGCAGAUUUGAACCUUUUACUUCUGUGGCUAUCUUGAGGGUGAGGUAAUAAAACCUCAUUACUAUUUAGUCUCCUUAAAAAGGCCUCGCCAGAGCUUCUGAGGACGCAUUUUCCGAGCUUUCAGAAGGAGCCGUGUAAAAGGAUGAGUGAGACAAAAUGGCUUUCCGUGUUCGGGUGCAACACUGAAGAGAUGCCGGACACGUGGAGGGGUUCCUCCUCAUAGAAUGCCAUCACACUCUCCGCAAGAUGAGAUUGUAAAUGUCAAUGGGUCGCGCGCUGCCCUAUAUGCAACUCGGGGAAACUGCGACGAGGAUGAGCAGGCAACGCGGUGCAGAAAAUGUCAAGGACACCUUCAUAUUUGAAUAGAAGCCCAAGUCUAAAUCUUCACCCACCCUCCAGGCUGCCGAGGCGCUUGUGUAUCUCCUUUUCUUCACCUGGCGAAGUGAGAAUUAACUUGAGACUCGGGCAUGUAGCGCCGCUACGUUAAGGAACAGCAUUUACAUUUUUCUGGCACCGUCAGUUCGGUUAUUCUAGAAGUUGGAAAUAACCCAAAGUGCUGUGACUUUCCUCAGCUUGUUUAUUUUGUAAUGUAAUCCGUGUUUUUCCACUUAAAACGAAAUAAAAGUUAGUGACAUGCUG